CGGCUCUUUAUGUUACAAUUUAUGGAGGAGCACUCAGCUCUGGCCCAAAAUCGUUUACAAGGCAUUAACGCAAAGAAACGAUCGACCGAAUUAUAUCAGCGAUUAGCUGAUCUCUUAAAUAGUUGUGGAAAUGGAGCAACAAAAUCAACAGAUAAAUGGAUAAAGUCAUGGAGAGAUUGGCGAAUAGACACUAAAGCCAAGGCAGCAAAAAUCAAAAAUUAUCAACGUGGUACAGGAGGAGGGGGUCCCCCUCCAGCUCCUCUUCUGGAAAUAGAAGAAAGAUUGAUAUCAUUGAUGGGUAUUGAAUCAAUAGAGGGCCAUACAAGUGUAAUAGAUCCAGCAGAGCCACAAAGUUCAAGACAAUGUGAUGUUUUAAACGAAGUAGUAUUUUCAUUUCAAUCUCAAUUUCCAUCCUCGUCUUUAUCAAAUAUGAAUAACAUAGAUCCUGCAGAACUACAAGAGAUAAGACAAUCUGUAUUAUGUGAAGCUAACAUGUUUUCAUGUCAAUCUUCAUGUCAGUUUCCAUCCACGUCUAAAUUAAAUACGCCUCGUAUUACAAAUAUACAAAUUAUAAGCAAUCCUGUGCAACAUCCAUCACUUGAAGAUAAUUCAUCUCUUCAAUCUCUUCCAAUAUUUUCAUCGAGCUCUCAUACGAAGGUAUAUCCACAAUCAAUUUCUCUCCUUUCACAAGGAACUACUGCUUCAGGCUCUCAGUCAACCCCUUCGUCUUCUACUGAUCAACAUACAAAUACUUCGUUGCCUACUUCUAUUGAAUCUUCUAAGGCAACAGCUAAGAAACGCCAAAAAAGACAAGAAUCCACAGAAAUCCAAAGUAAGUAUAAGUAUAUAAAAAUUUAAAUAUAUCAAAUAGUGGAGCAUUAGUAAUAAUAAAACUGUUAUAGUCAAGUUAGGUUAAAUAACAGUAAUAAUUACUUAACUAUAAUACUGCAGUAUUGUUAUAUUUAGGACCAUCUGAAACAUGAGCUUUUUUAUUUACACAUUGAACUUUUUUUUUUUACAUAUAGAUGUACAAAUUUUCAAAAAAAUGCAGGCGCAGACGAUUGAAUUGCAGGCGCAGACGACUGAAAUGCAGGCGCAGACGACUGCACUUCAAAAAAUUGCAGAUGCCAUUCAGCAUUAUAUAGAUACAACUGUGGUAUGUACAAUGAUUAUAGUAUUAACAUUACAGUAGUAAUAGCAAUAUUGUAGUUAUUUAUCUUCAGGAUAUUGGUAUUCGCAUCGCUCUGCACUAUGACGAGUACAGAUAUUGCGAUAUCAAUUGCUGCAUUCGACAACAAUACGGUACAAUCGCGCCCGAUUACGAAACAAUGCG